ACACAGCUAAACCAAAAAAAAAAAAAAAUAUUAAAAACAUUUUUUAAAAAUUGAUAGAAAAGCAAUAAAUAUCACAAACCUACAAACGCUCCGCAAGGAAUUGACAGUAUAUAUAGACAGAGUUCACGAAUUUAAUUUAAAAAUGGCUGUUCCGCAUUGGAUGAAAAUCGGAUGGAAUGAUGAUAUCCAACAAAAGAUGUUUAGAGACUGGGGGAUAUAUUAUUCCUAUCGUCGCUUGAAUGAUACAGCCAACUAUUACUAUGAUAAUUCCCUGCAAAUUAGUCCGAAUGAUUAUAUGACACUCUAUCGUCGGAGUCAGAGCCAUCGAAAGGCUGCACUAAUAGAAAGCGCAUUAGUCGAUGCAAGAAAAGCUGGACAAAUGGCAAUGAAAUCUAGGGGACCCAAUGUGAACAUCAAUCUGGAAAUAUGUUCUCAAUUAUUCGAGUUGAAUCAAUUUGAGGCUAGCAAGGUCGAACUGCAGAAUAAUUUGAAAUUUUUCAAGGGAAACGAAGUACAGUCAUUUCGAAAGCGACUUGUAGUAGUUAAUGAUGUUAUUGAAGAUGUGACUGGAAAAGCGAUGUCCUUGCUUUUUUUGCGAAAUCAGAAAUUGAUUCAACGUGUUGACGAAAUCACCAAAGCGAAGGCAAUAAGAGAUGGACGUCCAUUGUGGAGAAGAUUAAGAGACCAGGGGAAAUGCGAUGUUGUUAGCAUACCAGAAAUAGAGGAAGAAAUCUUAUCCCCACUAGAAAUAGCGCGAAUAAGGCUUGCUUUUAAUGUAGUUCAUCAGACCUAUAUGAAUAACUCGUGGUAUGAUAUUCUUUUCAUGAAACUAUUGCGCAAAAAUCCAAGUUUGUUAUUGGAACAGUGCAAACGUUCAAAAGAAAUUAUGGAAGAUAUAUCAACGAAACAGUAUGAGAUAGUCAGACAGUUUAUGAAAAUGUUACAAUCUCGAAGUCCACUUUACCUUGUGAAAUACUUAAAGUCAUUGGGGAAAAAUAAUGCGGCGUAUUUCUUCCGUAUACAGUCGCAAACACAUCGGAAUAUGCUAUCCGAUCUGCGACAAAUCCGUAAAAUGCGUAAAGAGAAGAAGAUUAAGAAACUCUCCGAUUACGUUGAAAAAAUCAUGAGUCAAUAUUAUGUAAAGAAAACAAAUCGCGUAAUGUGCUGGAAAUUUGAAUUUAUCAAUGAGGUAUAUAAUAUUCUGGCGCUGGCAUUAUCCGAUCAAUAUUACGCUCCAAACAAAUUCAACGUCGAUGAGCCUUCAGCCUUACUCGAUCUCUUAAAGUUACCCAUAGAUAAGACAAAGGAUAUUACACCAUUUGUAUUUGGGGAUCGUUCUACCUACCAAGAGGGCACUGAUCAGGAUAUCGAAGGAAGAAAAUUCCGAAAACUUUUAACUCAUUUUGAACUGCGCAUUAGAUUCGCAAAGUUUCAUAUCGAGAAAUGUUAUCUAUAUCAUCAGGUUGCCAGUAAGCAUUUAUCACAAGGACACUAUGAUGAGUGUUGUUUUUAUGCUCGUUUGUCUAUUAAAGAAAGUCGCGAGUGUAACAAUGCAUUGUGGAACUUUCUGAGUAUUAUGCUUAUUGUUAAGGCCAAUGCGGUGCAGUAUAAAGUAGAACGGACUAAGGAGGCUUUGGAUAUGGCUGUUGACAUUUUAGAACAUAUUAAUUCGCCGGAGCUUAACAAGUUCAUAGACUUGUGCUUACAUUGCAAUGAGGAGGAAUAUUUACUCAGACUAUUGGCAAUUUCGAGUCGUAUCUCAAAAACAUCAAAAGCGAGUUCAGCGUAUAAAAACGACGAGUGAAGAGUGAUCUCUUAUCCAUAUGUAUCGAUUAUAUAAUUUUAUUAUAUUGAUAAGCUGCAAUUAAAUUUGUUUUUUGUUUAA